AUGGGAAGCGAUUGGAGCAUACGGGAAUUAAGGUCCAAUUCAUCGGAACAAUCGAUGUUUUUCGAUCGAGGAAACCACUACGAAUUCCUCUCUUUUGGUCAAGAGCUUGCUGCCCCUGGCGAGCUACAACACCCGCAAACCUUCCCUUUCAACUUCAAAAACGUCGAAAAGCAAUAUGAAUCUUACAAUGGCAUCAAUGUCAAACUGCGAUACUUCGUCAGGGUGACGGUUUCGCGGCGGAUAGCGGAUGUUGUGCGGGAGAAGGAUAUAUGGGUUUAUUCAUACCGCAUGCCUCCAGAGACAAAUAGCCCUAUCAAAAUGGACGUGGGGAUUGAAGAUUGUUUACACAUCGAAUUCGAGUAUUCAAAAUCCAAGUACCAUCUCAAAGAUGUUAUUGUGGGGAGAAUAUACUUCUUGCUUGUGAGGCUGAAAAUAAAGCACAUGGAAUUAUCGAUUAUCCGCCGCGAAACAACUGGAUCGCCACCUAAUCAGUACAAUGAAAGCGAAACGCUGGUGCGGUUUGAGAUUAUGGACGGCUCCCCAUCAAGAGGAGAAACAAUACCCAUCCGGUUGUUCUUGGGUGGUUUUGAUUUAACCCCAACUUUCCGCGAUGUGAAUAAGAAGUAUUCUACCCGAUACUACCUAAGCUUGGUGCUCAUAGACGAAGAUGCCCGUCGAUAUUUCAAGCAAUCUGAAAUCGUUCUUUACCGUCAAGCUCCUGAAAUCGGCUUGACCCCUGAGGUUGCCCAGCAACAAAUUGCUCAACAGCAACAGCUCCAAGGUGAACCUACUACCUCAGCAGGCCCAACAAAAGACAUGCAGACGGCGUCCUUUGGAAAGCAGCAAGUCGCGGCCCAGGCGUAA